AUGAAUCGAACUUUCUCGUUGCGUCGAAAAGUGAAAAAGUCGGAAAUCUCGACGCCAAGCAACUUCGAACAUAGAAUACAUGCUGGUUUCGAUGCCAGAACGGGUACCUACACAGGGCUGCCGAAACAAUGGCAAGCUCUUCUCGGUCCACCACGAUCCAUAUCGAGACCGAAACCGAUGGUCGAUCCAUCGUGUAUUACACCAGUGGAUGUCGCUGAACUCAAAACUGUGAUCCGAGGACCAUCAUCCAGGUAUAACACGCCUCUUCCAUUCGGAAUCACCAACUCACCUUUUCCAAGUGUUGCCAGAAGUAACAGUCUUCGGAUAUCAGCCACUGCGUCACCAGUUAUAAAUGUAUCUCGGCAAUCAUUUCGUCCAUCUCUCCCACCAGUUAGUCAAAGAGGAUACCCAUUCAAUGAUCCAAGCUACGCACCAUUGCCUCUCCGUAAUCAAAGGCCUCCAACGGCAACAACAACGACGUUCGGAGUAGAACAACCUCGUCAAGCGCAUCAAAUAACAACGAUUGUAGCUCCACCAUCACGAACAAUGACACCACAGAUGCGACCGAAAACGCCAACAACUCCUCAGACGGUUCGCACACAACCGAAAUGUGGAGAAGGUGUCAGUGAUGAAGAUUUCCGAAACGCGCUGAAGUUUGUAGUAGACAGCGACGAUCCACGUUCUGACUUAACAGAUUACAAACAAAUUGGAGAAGGGUCUACAGGAGUCGUUGACGCUGCUUUCAAGAUAUCGACAAAACAAAUAGUAGCUGUGAAACGGAUGAAUCUAAAAAAGCAACAGCGGAGAGAGCUUCUGUUUAACGAAGUCUCCAUACUUCGACAGUAUCAACAUCCGAAUAUUGUUCGAUUCUUCUCGUCACAUCUCGUCGACGAAGAACUUUGGGUGGUCAUGGAGUUCAUGGAAGGGGGUUCUUUGACGGAUAUCGUGACAUCUACUCGGAUGACAGAACCACAGAUCGCAACUAUCUCUCGUCAAGUUCUUGGUGCUCUAGAUUUUCUUCACGCGAGAAAAGUUAUUCACAGGGAUAUCAAGAGUGAUUCGAUUCUUUUAAAACGAGACGGUACUGUCAAACUAACAGAUUUUGGGUUUUGUGGCCAGCUGUCUGAAGAAGUUCCUCGUCGUCGGUCUCUGGUCGGUACUCCAUAUUGGACAGCAGCUGAAGUGAUUGCUCGAGAACCAUACGACACACGUGCUGACAUCUGGUCAUUUGGAGUGAUGCUGAUUGAAAUGGUCGAAGGAGAACCACCGUUUUUCAAUGAUCAGCCAUUCCAGGCCAUGAAGAGAAUACGAGAUGAACCAGAAUCUCGAUUCAGUCUCUCACGGUUGACUGAUCUAUUGAGUCACUGCAUUGUCAAAGACAUCAACCAACGGUGGUCAUCUCGAGACCUACUCCAUCACCCGUUUUUCGUCAAAGCCCAGCACUCAUCAUCAAUUGCUCCACUUUUACUGCAACUUCAGGGUAACACCAUCAAUGGAAAUAAUAUUCAACAUCAUCAUUCAGCACAAAUAACAACCGUUAUUCAAUAA